AUGUCUACUUUCGAGAAGAACCGCGUUCGAGAUGCGCACCCAUACUCUGGGCCCAUCGAUCCGCCACCAUACCAGCGCGCCCCCUCUUCGGAGCUGUCUCUCCCUAGUCUCAGGGGUAACAAUGCCUACCAGGAGACACUGAGCAACAUCUCGCAUUCUCGGUACUCUUCGAUGGAUCGUGACUCGAUUCCCAAGUAUGAACAUCUCGAUUCGGUUCCAAGUCCGAACAUGACCAUCAAGUCAGGCAACAUGAGAUUCAUGAUUCCUCCUCGGAAACAUCCUUUCACUCCCAUGGACACUACGCCCUUGAGUUCUAGAGUACCGCGCAACGCAAGCUUCCGAGUCACAUUCGAUUCUUCAACCCAUGAUCUCGAUUCACCACUAGAAUCAGGGCGUGAUUACUUCUAUGGCGCAACGUAUGAGGAAGAACCGCCCGGCCCCUCUUACAAUCUCAACGAAUGGAUAGAGACGAGCGGAAACCAGGACCCCUCAAGCAGUGACUUUGUCCACCAUACAUUGCCCGAUAGUCAAGUGUCUCAGGAACUGUCAGUUACUUCGAAAGGCCGCCACCAGCAUGGCCACAGCUUAGAACCAAAAGUUCGAACGGUUGCGGAGCUCGCGAAGUCUAGCGCAUUCGAUUUCACCGGGCAGAAGGGGAUACUGACAGCUGUUCCAUCGCCGAACUUGCCGCCCUUGUACCACCAAGAGGGAAUGCUUGACUUGGCGACUUACAUUGCCUCACGGGAUCCGAGUCCCAUGGGCCACACGCAAGCUCAAGUGGAUGUUGCGAGCCAUCACCUUGCGGCUAUAACACCCUCUCAUGGGGAAAUGAACACUUCAAAUAUCAUUUCAGCCUGUCUGGAUUCCCCUCGCCACCUCAAGUCCACCGACAGCCGCAUGAACCAUCAUUAUGGUUAUUCCUUCACACCAGAGAUGCAGCCAUACAAUGACGGCGAUGGCUCAAAAGAUUCUGCAAUCGGCCAGGCAGUGACGCCGCGCGGAUUCUCAAAACACAAAUCAGCAUCCGAGCUCGUCGCAUACUGGGAGUCAAUGCAAGGUAGCAACGAUGCCAACAAUGCUACGCCGGCCAAGCAAGGCUUGCCACACCGACCUAGGGCUGAUUUUUCGACUGUCCCUCCUGAUUUCAGGGGAAGCACGGAUCGUACUAAUUUCGGUAAAGCACCCGAAGGAAAGCUUUAUCCUGUAGCUGAGCAUAUAUCAGUGCCAUCAGACAAUAAGUUAGACCCAGCGGCAACGUCAUCAGCCAUGGGAAACUUGAACCGCACAAGAGCCUGGCUACGAGAUCUUAUCAAGCAACCGCAGCCUUACAAGACAAAAUUUACUGAGCUCCCACGCAAGGAUUCAAUGCAUGAGCGCUUAUUGGACGACUAUGACUCUGCGUAUCCUCGAUCACUGCUGAGGAAUUCCACAGCCGGUGCCUCAAUAGACAUGAAAUUCCGAAGUACUGUCAACAACCUGGAGAAUCUUCUCAGUGAAGCAAUGGAGCUGGCAGCAGUCACCGCCCAACGAGAAGUUGACCACCAGUGCCCAGACUACUAUGAGCUUGACGAGCUUGCUUACUGCGAUGUGCCAACACCUCCCGGCGUACACAAAAGUUUUCCCAGCGAAAAUGGGUCUAUGGUGAAUGAGGUUGGCGACUUUGACUACUGGACUGCUGUAGAAAGCGCCUUGGGAAUAGAUCAUAGCAGUGAAAAUAACAUACGGAAACCGAAGCAUUACCGGUCAGCUCCAGGAAUGCACAGUAGGAACGUGGCAGUCAAAAUCCCAAAAAGAAAAUCCAGUCUGAUGCAACCAAAGAUCAAACCAAGCUAUUCGACUCUGGGUGGCCCUCGCUACGAAGAACUAGGCGGAGAACCUCCGGCGCAGGGCCCGGCUCCAGGGCCAAUUGGCCUAAGGACCAAGCAGUCGUCAAGAUUAGAAACCCCAGCCAGUCCAUCUGCCAGUACAGACUCGCCGCCACCGUCCGGGUGUCUGCCGAGGGUUGCUUUAAAACUUAGAAGCUACCGUAGCUUUGGCGCGAUACGGCCUCUACGCCAUAUCAGUUCACUGCGGCCACAAGCUGAUGGUGCUAUGGAUACCCCUGGUGACGAGAGUGAUUCCACAGUUGUUCGUACAUUACUCAAACGCAGGGUUCCGGCUUCAGGGCUCGAUGGACCAGCCACGUCAACCGGGGGCCGUUCACAGCAAUUUCAAACCGCUUCAUGGACUUAUGGCGAUGAUUCAAGGGGCCUGGGGGAAGGGGAGCCAAGGGACGCGCCAGAUACUCGCAUUGAUCUGCGUGGAAGGUCUCAUGUCAGCCUCCGUGGUUACCAGGGUUUUAGCCUGGCACGAGCGUACCGUCGACAACCAGUAGCCCGAGACUGGUCUACUGCCCGUAAAAGGUUCGUUGCCGGAGUCGCAUGUCUGAGCACCGCGUUCAUCGGCAUGGUCAUCGGCAUCUAUGCUGGGCUUGUCCCAUCCAUCCAGUACUGGAUAGCUGAUCUCAAUCACUAUGCUAUCCUGGGUAAUUUCUUCUUCUACUUGGGCUUGGCCAUUCCCACCUUUUUCUUUUGGCCUUUACCGUUGCUACACGGUCGGAAGCCGUACAUCCUGUCAAGUUUGAUACUAGCGAUGCCUUUAUUGUUCCCCCAGGCUAUUGCCGUCAGCACAUGGCGGUCACCGUAUGUGAGCACUUGGAGGUGGGCUCUGCUAGGCUCACGCGGAUUCAUGGGGCUCACUCUUGGGUUUGCGAGUAUGAAUUUCCACUCCAUGCUGACAGAUCUGUUUGGGGCUUCGCUCAUGAGCGGCAAUCCACAUCAGGAGGUAGUCGACAAGUUUGACGUAAGAAGACACGGCGGCGGCAUGGGCGUUUGGCUGGGACUGUGGACGUGGUGCUUUACUGGGUCCAUUGGCAUCGGAUUCCUGAUCGGAGCAGCGAUCAUCAACAAUUUCAACCCCUCAUGGGGUUUCUACGUCAGCAUCAUGAUGAUAGCUGUCGUGCUUCUUCUAAAUGUUCACGGUAUCUUGCUAUCACUGGAAAUGCUUCGACAACCCGGAUUCAUGAUUAUGGCCGUAUAUGUGGGGUGGAUCUACGCGCAGGUGAUUCUCGUCAUCUGUCUGCUUGGCUCGCUCACGUCCAAGGAUUACAGGCUCAGGUCGCCUUUGGUUGGCCUUUGUGUUGCGUUUAUCUCCAUUGGCGCACUGGUCUCGAUACCUUUCCAGAAGGCGAACAUAUUUUCUCGCCACAGGAACUACCCUCAGCUGUCUAACAUGGACACACUUCUCGACAAAAAGUUUACAUGGACGUCACAUCUUCUUCGCCGCGCCAUAUUCCUCACCCUUUUGCCGAUUCUAGGCAUGGCAUACACGGUGUCUUCCGCUGGAGGUCACAUACCGGUACCUGUGCCUGUUCUUUUUGCUACUCUGAUGGGUACCAUAUCAGCCCUGGCAGUAGCUGAAUGUAACGGACUCAUCAUGGAGAAUUUCGACUGUUCCGACCUACUCCCGGGUAUGAUUGGACGUCCCAGAGGGUAUUCGAACAAGCAACCCAAGCGCACGAACUACUCGUCACACCCGCGGAUAGCUGCUGGGUUUGCUGUCUGUCAUACCUUUGGCUUCCUUCUUGCGGCAUUAGCAACCACUGUAGCUGGAAGAGCACAGCGAAACCUCGGUCAACGAGAGGCAACUGGCAUCGUCGCUGGCGUGCUGUUUCUGUUGACUGUCCUUUUGCUUGCAGUCCUUGUUCGCUUCAAGGAAAUCGAAAUUAUCCCAAGCUCCAAGACAGUCGAGAUGGAGAAGUGGCAGAAGAUUCGUCGUGAAAGCAUUCGCAAAUCUAUCAUCGAAAUUAAAGCUGGGAGACCCCUUCCAGUAACCAUGACAGAUGAAGAGAUCUGGCGUCCCCGUCUUCCUGGAAAUCCAUCGAGCCAGUUCCGAAGAGUCAAUAUUCUGGAGUUGGGCGCUAUGACAAGAUGGACCGAAAUCCGGAAGAAGAACAAGCUGAUUGACGAAUCGGCCGCACAUUUGAAUCGGGCAGCGCUUGAGUCUGCGCGCAUGGCUGUUGAGAAUGCCACUGGCAUUGGAGCAAGGACAACAAAGAUGAUACGAAAAGUCAGUAGUCGCAAGGGAAGGAGAAAGCAGGGUCAAUCCCAACGCACGAUGUACAAGCACCUAGGUGUGCCACUUCAGCCGGAAGAAGCAGGCCCAAGUCGUGGUGAUACCGCGUCACCAAACAGGUUUGGUCUUUAUCGGUUUGAUGCCGAACCAGCGAGGGCUGGAUCGGAUGGUUUCUCCUUCAAAGCACAUUCUGACUUAGACACCGGGAGUGUGCUUGAGCGUCCUGUCCCUGAGGAGGACGAGGACAUGGUUGAUUUUAUCACUUCUUCGGAAGAGGAUGGGAACGACAGAAUUGAGUUGGAUGAAUUGGGACCCUUGGAAGGCUCCCCAAGCGGACAUGCAAGGAAAGAGGUUUGA